AUGUUUCGGGGCAUCAGCCUUCCGUUGAGAGCAGCUCUUCGCCGGAGCUCCCAGGAUAUCCGAUAUAGGGCCUACAAUCCCGGGUUUAGACAGAUCGCAUUCUCACAUUCAAAUAUUCAAGCUUCUCGAUUACAGCUGUCGCGUGGCCUCUCCUCUACUCCAACCCGGCGAAAAGAGAAGCCGUCUCCACCGCAGCCGAAGAAGGAAAAGGAUCAAGGGACCGAUGCGGAGACAGAGCUCGAAGAGAAGAUAAAACCGGAAGAACCCUCAGAGGGGAAGAAUAAGCCAGAUGAACCAAGCCCCAUUCCGCCUUCAGAGAGCCGGUCUGACUCGAGACCGAGCCAGGGAAGUGGCUCUGUAGCUGGAGCUGGAGCUGGAGCGGGCGGAAGCUCAGGUAGCGGAGGCGGUGAUGGGGGGAGGAGAGGGAAGAAAGGUUCUUCUGAAAAGGCGCUCCAGAAGCCGACUAUACCGGAUGUCUACCCACAAGUGAUGGCGAUCCCGAUUGCUCGACGACCUCUGUUCCCCGGAUUCUAUAAGGCCAUCACAAUCAAAGAUCCAAAUGUUGUUUCCGCCAUACAAGAGAUGAUGAAGCGAGGGCAACCCUACGUGGGAGCUUUCUUGUUUAAGGAUGAAGCAGCAGAUAAGGAUGUCAUUGACAACAUAGACGAGGUUCAUGAUGUUGGUGUAUUCGCACAAAUUACGAGUGCUUUCCCCGUUCAUGGAGACGAGAGUGGCCUUACCGCAGUCUUAUAUCCGCAUCGGAGAAUAAAGAUGACCUCUAUCCUCCCAUCUCGUGAUGGCUUGGCGAAAGAAGCCGGUAAUCCGGAACAGUCGAAAGACUCGUCAGCCGAAAAGCAAGGCGACGUUGUGGCAAGUUUUGAAGAGGGAGCUUCCGAGCAAACUACAAAGGACGCCGCCCUAUAUGAAUUAUCGGCCUUUUUACGGAAAUAUCCCGUAAGCAUAGUUAAUGUGGAUAACCUGGUUGAGGAACCCAUCGACAAAAAGAGCCCUGUCAUACGUGCGGUGACAAGUGAGAUAGUCAACGUUUUCAAGGAUGUUGCAAACUUGAAUCCCUUGUUUCGCGACCAAAUCUCUACCUUUUCCAUGAGCCAGUCUGCUGGAAAUGUGAUAGAGGAGCCUGCUAAACUGGCCGACUUUGCUGCCGCAGUCUCUGCUGGCGAAAUCAAAGAGUUACAGGACGUUCUAGAAACAAUGAAUGUCGAGGAACGUCUGUCGAAAGCGUUGGUUGUCCUGAAAAAGGAACUUAUGAAUGCCCAGCUUCAGUCCAAGAUCUCAAAGGAUGUUGAGGCCAAGAUACAAAAACGCCAACGAGAAUACUGGUUAAUGGAGCAAAUGAAAGGCAUUCGACGGGAACUUGGUAUUGAGUCUGAUGGAAAGGACAAACUUGUGGAGAAGUUCAAGGAGAAAGCUGAAAAGCUUGCCAUGCCUGACGUUGUGAGGAAAGUGUUCGACGAGGAAUUGAAUAAACUUGCACACUUGGAACCUGCAGCAUCUGAGUUUAAUGUUACCAGAAACUAUUUAGACUGGAUAACACAGAUUCCAUGGGGCAAACGAAGCGAGGAGAAUUUCGGUAUUAAGAAUGCCAUGAAGGUGUUAGACGAAGAUCAUUAUGGACUGAAGGACGUCAAGGACCGAAUCCUCGAGUUUAUUGCUGUCGGAAAACUUCGUGGAACAGUUGAAGGAAAAAUACUUUGUUUUGUUGGGCCACCCGGCGUUGGAAAAACGAGUAUUGGAAAGUCGAUCGCUCGUUCCUUGAAUCGAGAAUACUAUCGAUUCAGUGUUGGUGGUUUGACAGAUGUGGCUGAAAUUAAGGGCCACCGAAGGACCUAUGUCGGAGCUCUUCCCGGCCGAAUUAUCCAAGCCCUCAAGAAAUGCCAGACAGAAAACCCUCUCAUACUCAUUGAUGAAGUUGAUAAAAUCGGAAGAGGACAUCAGGGAGACCCAGCAUCAGCUCUGCUAGAGCUUCUUGACCCAGAGCAAAAUUCAUCUUUCCUCGACCACUAUAUGGAUAUUCCCGUGGAUCUCUCCAAAGUGCUUUUCGUUUGCACAGCCAACAUGACGGACACUAUUCCCCGUCCGUUGCUGGACCGAAUGGAGCUGAUUGAGCUCUCCGGCUAUGUCGCUGACGAGAAAAUGGCCAUUGCGGAGCGAUACCUUGCCCCAGCCGCCAAAGAAGUCAGCGGCCUAAAGGACGUGAAUGUAAACCUUGAAAAAGAAGGCAUCGAGGAGCUGAUAAAAUCGUAUUGCCGUGAAAGUGGUGUGCGCAAUCUCAAGAAACAAAUCGAGAAGGUAUACAGAAAAGCGGCAUUAAAAAUCAUCCAAGGCCUACCGGAAGAAGAGGUGUCAGAGGAGAGCAAAGUUAGGGAAGAAGUGAGGGCUGAACAAGAUGCCGCAAAGCGAGAGGCCGAGGCUUCAACUGAGGCUACUAGCCAAGCCCGGGAAGCUCCAAAGCUGGAAGCUGUUCAAGUUCCCUCAGAUGUCCACGUCUCGAUUGGGAAGGAUAAUCUAAAGGAUUAUGUCGGCCCACCUGUUUUUACUUCGGAUAGACUCUAUGAUACUACUCCACCAGGCGUGGCAAUGGGGCUCGCAUGGACAAGCAUGGGUGGCGCUGCGCUAUAUGUAGAAUCAAUUCUACAAUCUGCGUUGACAUCAUCAUCCCGGCCCGGCUUUGAACAGACUGGUAACUUGAUGAACGUCAUGAAGGAGUCUACAGUGAUUGCAUAUUCCUUCGCUAAAUCCCUUAUGGCGAAAGAGUUCCCAGAGAAUAAAUUUUUUGACAAAGCAAGACUUCAUUUGCACUGCCCUGAGGGUGCUGUCCAGAAAGAUGGUCCUUCUGCUGGCAUUACCAUGGCAACUGCGCUUCUAUCACUCGCCCUUAACAAAUCCGUUGACCCUACUAUUGCCAUGACCGGUGAACUUACAGUAACCGGGAAGGUUUUACGGAUAGGUGGACUGCGUGAGAAAACCGUGGCUGCUCGCAGGGCAGGAGCUAAAACUAUUAUAUUCCCCGCAGACAAUAUGUCUGAUUGGCUUGAACUUCCUGAGAACAUCAAGGAAGGAAUAGAAGGCCAUGCUGCUAGCUGGUAUUCAGAAGUAUUUGAUAUAGUGUUUGGCAAUGUUGACCGACAAGUUAUAAACCAUCUUUGGGUCAAACAGCUUGCGGAACCAGAGAAAACCGAUAAAACGAUCCGGGAGGAUGAAGAUUAG